AUGGGUGUACGGCAUAUGAUGUGGACUCUUCGCUCUCCAACUCUUGCCUUUCGUGAUCGGGUUAUGGAAGGGAAGCCGACUCAGGACAUGAUGGUACUCUUGGAACUGGAUCAAUCCCAAAUCGUCGAGCUUGAGCUACAUCAUCCAAAUCAGCACUCGUCUAUCUGCCGUGCACUUCCUCUCAUGAUUGAGAUCCAAAACUAUCAACGUUGCCGUCCAUCGUUCAUGCGACGUGUUCAUCUGAAAAACGAAGCCGCGCUGGCGACGAGACCGGAUAAUUUUGAGGGGCUGGAGAAUGAAGUCAUCAAGGGAGAGGUUUCGAUGGCUCAAUUGGCCAAUUUGAAGAUCAUCGCGAGUCAAUUGAACGCCAGCAACGAGCCCGAAGAUUUGGAUAUUCUCAUUCAUACGCUCGUCACUGGAGGACAGGUUGCUGUCGAAUCGCGCGAGAAAGAGUGCUGUCGUCAAUUCUUGCUUGCAAUUUCGAAUCUUCUUCCAAUUGGAUGCAUCAAGUUGGCCACUUACAAGGAUCAAUAUUUACCAGAGUAUAGCUCUCGGUUCAACCUGAUCGGCGGCCCGCACAAUAUGGAUAUUCCUCUCGACGUUUCGGAUGUCAUCGUUGUCCGUGUGAUGCCACGUGAUCUCUCGAUCGUUGACUCUGACAAGAUGUCCCUCGAAAACUGUGUUAUCGAGGUUCGUCGUCGUCCAGAGAAUGACGGCUCCGGUGGAGGACUUCCACAGAUAGUCAAGCGCUACCGGGAUCUUCUUCUCGACGCCGACGUCAGGGAUACUCUUCUCGAAAGCGUGCUCCGCACCACUCGCGAAGGCUGGAUGCACAAGGCAAAGAUUUGCUACCAAAUGAAGCAUCACCUUCCAGCAUCGGAAAUCUUCAAGCACAUCACUGGAGUGGGAUAUGAUGAUCGUCAAGUUGUGAUGUACUGGACCGCGGGACUCUCGGAUGCCUACAAGCAACACGUCAUCGCUAGUCUUCAACACACUCGCCACAUGUCUAUUCCACAGACCUCUACGACCUCUUCUCGUUGA